GAUCACAGUACGGGCACUUCAGUCUUGAACUCAAUCGAGGAAUAGUCGGUGUCGGCUUGAGCGAGCUAAAUUUUUGUGAAAAUCAGUUCACAUAGAAAAAAAUAAGUACACAUUACCGCCGGGGCCAGAAUAUAACGAUCGUUUUCUUGUGUAUCAGUUGGUGAACGUGUUAUUUGAAAAGAGCUAUCAAAAUGUCAGACAGAAAGGCUGUAAUAAAAAAUGCUGAUAUGUCUGAGGAGAUGCAGCAGGAUGCUGUUGACUGUGCAACUCAAGCCCUUGAAAAGUACAAUAUAGAAAAGGACAUUGCAGCCUUCAUUAAGAAAGAAUUUGAUAAAAAAUACAAUCCAACGUGGCACUGCAUCGUAGGCCGUAACUUUGGAAGCUAUGUAACACAUGAAACAAGACAUUUUAUCUAUUUUUACUUGGGUCAAGUAGCGAUCCUUCUCUUCAAAAGUGGAUAAAUUGGAAUCUAUUCUGUAAUCACAAACCUUUCUUCCUCCCUUCACACACGCUACAUGGAAAUACCUUAAAUCACGUCACCGUCUGUAAGAAAAAUUACAAUAUUGUGUAUAAUGGAAAUUUGAUUUCAAGCAAAAAACACGCACUCCCAGUUAAACAAAGAAGUAUAAAAGUAUAUAAUGAUCAUCGGUACUAUUGACUUUGCUGUUUUACUUAUCUCAGGAGAUAAGACAAUGAAAAAUUCUGUAGAAGCUACGGAGAGAAAAAAAAAGGGUAGGGAGAUGAUUAACUGAAUGAGAAGAAAUGAAAAAAAAGUAAAAGAAAAUCAAUUGACAUACAAUCUUACAUGUUAAAAUGUAUCAUGUAUGCCAGAAAAUUUGUUGUGUUCUUGUUUUAUAUUAGGUAUAUAUAAUGCGAGGUUGAGUUCAAUACUGGCGAUUUUAAAUUAAUAAAUUUUUAGUGUUUAAUACACUAAAUGCACCUAAGUAUAAUGUAACAUUCAUACAAAUUCAUGUAUGGUUUUUAUUAUCUUACUAUGCUUGAGGAGAACUGUAUUCAGUAGUCAUCAAUAAUGAAUUUAAGCCAAACCUUGAUUGAUUGCUGCGAUCAUUAUUAUUUUAUGUAAUGUUGUAAAUUGUCCCUUUAUUCUGUGAUGCUGUGCAAAACAGAAGUGGUUAACGAAAUCAUCUUCGAUUCGUUUGAAUUCUGUGACACUUCUGUAAAAAAAAAAUCUGGAAGUGAGGCUGACGAGAGAGAAAGCUUAGUUAUGGACCCGCCAUCACGUUGAUGAUAAAUUUAAACGUAACGAUUAUUUAAAUUUACACAGUGCUAAGUAAGAUGUUGCAUAAUAUUCAAAUCGAGUCAUUGUCAUAAUUCUAGUUUUUUUUAUAUUGUGCACACGGAAUUUUGCAAAAUGUAUUAUUCUUAAGGCAAUAUACAUUUAGGGAAUUA